AUGGAUGCAAUUGAUGUAUUGGAAAUAUUGCAGAGCUCGCGAAGAUCGAAGGGAUCGCGCAAGAUGGCGAGAAGAGCGGUCUCGCCGGCCUACGGAAGCGACGCAGAAUGUCUCGGCGAAUCGCCGGCGUGGAUGUCGCAGGAAAUGUCGGGCAUCGGUUGGAAAGCGCGCGGCGAUCGGAAGCCUAUUGAGAAACGGGUGCCAUUCAAUCGGCCCACACCGAAACAGGUGUACGAGGCUUUGCCAUUUGUCCGCAGAUACUUUCUGUAUUGGAUGAAAUACACGUUCGACAAGGAGAAGCUGUUCAUCAAUACAUUCCAGCCGCUCAAACAUAAACCUUAUUACGGAGUGCCUUGCGGCGGAAUCGGUUGCGGAGCCAUCGGUCGAGAUUUUCGAGGCGGAUUCUGCAAGUUCAGCUUAAGGCCGGGACUCGUCGAGCACAAAGUCGAUAUCGUUGCGGCGGACCAAUUCAUUUUAUCGGUUCGCGAACACAACAAGUGCAUCUACCAAAAAGUGCUGACAGCCGCCGACGUGUGCCCGCCGUCUGGCGCGCUUUCGGCGUGGGAUUUUAGUUUUCCGGCGAAAAACGUCUACUACAGGUUAGAUAGAGUUUAUGUAUUUCUCAAAAGAAAAAACAAUCCAUUAAAUGGCGAAAAUUAA